CAAAAACAUAUCAAUUUCUUCGUAAAAUCAGAUUCAUUGAUUUUUGAGUUUUAUUCUCGUCAGAUGAUUUUACCCUGCCUGUCUGCCUAUUAUUAUUAUUUUUGUUCUCUUUGAAUUGAAUUCCAAUGUCAAAGGCGUCGGAUGACUUUUUAUUGUACAAAUUGAAUUUGUACUAUGAAACUGGAGCCGAACGAUUUUCCCCAUUAACAAGAAAGGUUUUCAAAUGUGCAGUUGUAAUUAUAGCAGUUUUGAUGAUCUGUGGGCUAAUUGCAUUUGGAAUCACAGAGAUUUAUUGUCGACUAUUUCCAGUUACAGAUAAUUUAGUUUUGAAUAAUGAGUCUCCGAAAAAACCGGUUUGCAAGAGAAGGAUAGUUGGAUAUUUCUCAGAAAUUGAAUCGACAGAAAUUUCAAAAUCUCAAAUUGAUAAACUCACACAUGCAGUUUUUGCAUUUGUUCGAAUCAAAUAUGAUGGAACUCUUCAAUUUGAUAACUCAAAAGCUGAUCUGAGGUUUUCAAUUUUAAAAGACAAAACCAGAGGCUCAAAUGUUGAAAUGAUGGUUUCAAUUGGCGGUGGAUAUGAAAAUGCACACUAUUUUGCAUCUGCAUUGUCGGAUUCGCAGAAAAAGAAAAACUUCAUUGAUUCAAUUUUAGCAUUUUUGGUGGAGCAUCGUAUUGACGGAGUUGACUUCUUCUGGCAAUGGCCAACAGUUCAAGACACUUUCAAUUAUGUUACAUUUAUCCGUGAGCUGAGACAAAAGUUGGAUGAAAAUAAACGCAAGCAUUUUUUGAUUUCAAUGACAGUUCCGGCAGCUGGAGUAGACAACUGGGAGCUGGGAUUUGAUUUGGAAGAACUCCAGAAUCAUGUCGAUUUUUUCAAUGUAUACUCUAUGGAUUAUGCGGGACCUUGGCCUAAUCAAUGGGGUGUUCCAACGGGACCAUCUUCACCAAUGUUCUAUAAUAUUGGCGCACGGAAAAACUUCUAUGUGGACUGGACAAUGAAGCAUUAUACUUGUAAACUCAAGCAACCUAGCAUGCUUAAUAUGGUUAUUCCAUUCUCGGCAAGAAUUUGGAACAAUGUUCAAGAAGCAAUUGAUAAUAGAACUGAAGUAUUUAGAAAUGCAGAACUGAAGAAUAAUAUGGCAGAAGGAAGGACACAAAUAUCUCGAUGGACAGCCGAGCAUGAAGGUCUUGAACUUUCACCUUCUUCGUGGGAUAAUUUAACAAUGACUCCGUAUAUCUUGGAUCUUAAAGCAAAAACCUUUUUAACAUUUGAAGAUAAGAGAAGUAUAAAAAUAAAAACAGAUUAUGCCAAGAAAAUGGAUCUGGGAGGAGUUUGGUUAUGGUCAGUGGAUAUGGAUGAUAGGCUUAACAGUCUUCUCAGUGACGUUUUUUCCAAGGAGUUCUGUUCAACUGGCAGUGGGAAUAAAAUCAAAUAUUCUUGCUGAGUUAUUGAUUUCUUUGGAAAAUUCCCUUUUUCGUUGCUCGUGAUAAAAAAUAAAAACAUUGUUGAAACUUUUACGGCAAAUAUUAUAGAAUAAAUAUCAAUAAGAA